CGGGGAAGUAUUAAGCCUCUGCAGUUGCAUUUGAGGCAGCUCGUGAGCAGCAGCUGUAGGGAAGUGAAGCGUUGUAAUGGGGAGAGGGUUGCAGGGGGAGCUGGAUUUGAGCGGUAUAAUGUGUCGGUUACAGUGCCAGGGGAUUGUACUGGAGGAAGGGGCGGGGGGGCCACUGUAAAGGAUACCGGGUUCCGAGACUCGGACUUUUCUGGCCAAAAGGAACCAUUAUGAUCCUGAUAGUAGUGGGAAGAGAUUGUGCAGAGACCGGAUGUGGGAGAAUACCAGAGGCAUGGGAGUGGGAAGACUCCAUCUAUGGUGGUGUCGGGUUUCGCUGGGGAGGGGAAUUGAAGGCAACAUGGAGAAAAAUGGUAAAGAGAACCACAAUGGGCUCCCUGGUCACAGUGUCAAGACUCUACCCACCAUUGGGGAUGGUCCAAAACGGAUCCCUGUACAUCAGCAGCAUCCUCAGAAUAGGGUUCCUGGAGGUGGAAUUCAAGCACAGCGUAUUUUGUGUCCUUCAAAUUUGGCUCAGCGAGUUCCUGUACAGUCACAAACUCAAAAAUCUGUGCUAUCAAACCAGAAACAGUCUCAAAACCAGCUGAUGCAGCAGCCUCGUCCAACUUCUCUAGUUCAACCAAUUUCUAGGCCUCAGGCUCCAAGUAAAAACAAUGAGGAACCUCCACAGACCUCACUAUCUGCAAAAAACCCUGAAGCAGAAGGGACAUCCAUCCAGAAAAAUGAAGAAACAAAAAAAAGGCAGUGGUGUCUUGAUGACUUCGAAAUUGGCCGUCCUCUGGGGAAAGGAAAGUUUGGAAAUGUGUAUCUGGCUCGUGAAAAGCAAAGUAAAUUUAUCCUAGCGCUGAAGGUGUUGUUUAAAACACAGCUGGAGAAAGCGGGAGUAGAACAUCAGCUGCGGAGAGAAGUAGAAAUACAGUCUCAUCUUAGGCAUCCCAAUAUUCUCAGGCUAUAUGGCUACUUCCAUGAUGCCACAAGAGUCUACCUAAUUCUAGAAUAUGCACCUCGUGGAGAAGUCUACAAAGAGUUGCAGAAGCUAACCAAAUUUGAUGAGCAGAGAACUGCUACUUAUAUGACAGAAUUGGCAGAUGCUCUAUCAUACUGUCAUUCAAAGAGAGUGAUUCACAGAGACAUCAAGCCAGAAAACUUGCUGCUUGGUUCUAAUGGAGAGCUGAAGAUUGCUGACUUUGGAUGGUCUGUGCAUGCUCCAUCAUCUAGAAGGACAACUCUUUGUGGUACACUUGACUACUUGCCUCCUGAAAUGAUUGAAGGGAGAACACAUGACGAAAAGGUGGAUCUCUGGAGCCUGGGGGUUCUGUGCUAUGAAUUUCUAGUAGGGAAACCUCCUUUUGAGGCAGAGACAUACCAGGAAACUUACAGAAGUAUUUCAAAGGUGGAAUUCAGAGUUCCUCCUUUUGUAACAGAGGGAGCUAAGGACUUAAUUGUAAAGCUCCUGAAGCAUAAUCCAUAUCAUCGGCUGCCACUGAAAGACGUACUUGCACACCCAUGGAUUACCACAAACUCUACAAAACAACCAAGCAGCCGGAAGAGUGAGGCUGCUACCAGUAACAGAACACCAUCUUAGCAAGGUGUCCCUUUCAUACUAUAAACAAUCUCAAAUGAACCAUAAACAAAAAGAGCCUUGUAACCAUGACUACUGUAAUGCAGCCAGUAAAGGUUGCUUGCAAGGAGACUUUAAUAAAAGACCUGCUAAUUAAAACAGACUGGGGGAGUGCAGAACAAUUCAGUUGUGUGAGCUAUUUACCAUUUUAAACUCUCUCCUAUUGUAACAGAGAACUUUUUUAUAUAUAUAGAGAGAGCAGUUUGACAAGAAGUGCACUUAAAGAAGUUGAUAGAAUAUUAGCUAACAUACUUGAAGUCCAGUUUGCAUAUGGGUCAUAGGUAUCAAGAUGAGGCAAAGCUAAACAUUGUGUUCUUGCCAAGGGCCCUAUGAUGUGAUCAGUCUUAAUUUUUGGCUCAUGCUUCCCAAUAGCAAGAGACAGUUGUGGUUCUGGGUAUCUGUCAUGGUCAAAUAGUGCAAUAGUAAAUCCUUGAGUUACCUGCAUUCUAAUUUAUUGGGCUGCUAAGGUUAUCACAAAUGUGCAGUGAUCUGAAGUUGAGUGAAAACAUGAAUGUGCCUCUUCAUAAAUGUGUCCUAAUAAUUGUGUGCAUUUCUUGCUUCUGUGUACUCUUUGGCCUGUUGUUGUCUUGAGGGGUGAGGCACUUAAAACUUGUUAAAUAAAGACUUGUUACAUUUUGACAGGAUGGUAAGGUUUACUUUAUUGCACAUACUGCUGAACCUAUUAGACAUCAACAUUCUUAAACCAGAAAAAUAUAGCAAAAUGUAUCAAACUAAAAUGUAGACACUUCCUAUUCUAUGAAACAUAAGAGCCUGAUCUCAGACACUAGUAUGUUUUGUAGAGCCUAGUGACUUUACUGUACAGUUCCAUGGAGGGGUCAUUAGCAAUUGCUUCAAAUCGUUAUUGUUCAGCUAAGUUAUUGGUGUAACUGCUGUAAGACUAGUGUUGAGGUAAAGAGUGAAGGGUGGGAGUAGGCUAAUAAUUCUUAAACAAAACUAGCUUUUCAUAACUAAUAUGGAAGCAUUUAUACUAAUUAAAGUAACCCUUGCAGCACUAUAACUGCAUAGUGUGCAUCAAUUUAAAUGACUUAAGGACCCACCUGUGUUUUAAAAACAAGUUACUAAAACUUCUGCCCUAACCAGCAUAGGGAACAGCAAUGAAGGGGUGGUGUGUGUGUCUGCCUUAACUGGCAGGGUUUAAAAAUGUGAAUACAAGGAAGGUGGUUAGUGCUGAAAUGUCAAACUCUACAAAGUUUGGUAUCCUUAAUCUACAGGUAAUAAACUCAUGUUAAUUUUCCUUUGCAUGUUGUCAUGCUGCAAGGAAAAUCCAAAACCUGAGAUGGAAAGAGGUGCCAGUAGUAGCUUGUUUAUGGAUCUGUGGAUAUGUUUGUCUAAAGUUUCUGUAUUGAAUUAACUAAGCUAGUAGAAAAAGAAGCUCAAAGUGCUUCAACUCGCUACUGUGGAUACAGUAACCAAGACUUCCACAUGUAAAGGUGAGCACUGAGGCACUUGAAUGAUGUCUGUGGUUAGAAGUGAGCUAAUGUUUUGGCUUGCAGUCAUCUCUCCUGUCAGUUUCCAGUGAAGUGUCUCAGACUGCAUCCACAGAAGGGAAUAAGUGUAUUCUUACAUCAUGUUAGCAAGACAGUCUAGUUUUAAUGUGUCAGUAUGUACAGAAACACUAGUAGGGAGCCUGUAGAACUCAUUUUUUUCAAGAUGCCACUGCAUUAGGGAUCUUGUUUAAGUGCGACAUGCCUAUAGUUGCCUCUUGCUCUUUGGCCUUCCUCACAAGGUCAGUUAAUGGGUUCCCAGAACAUAGUAAUUGCACUGUUUCACAAAACUGGGCAGCACUAGGAAGCCAGCAUUUACAUCCAGCUUGCAGCUAAGGUAUAGGUAGACAAGUAGCAGCGGGUGAGCUAAGCAACUUGGAGAUAAGGGGAGAAGCUGAGCUCAGGAAAAAGCAACUGAAGUGACUAGUUCUUUUCUUGGAGGCACACAACAGGAAAGAGGUUCUGAAGAUCACUUAAGCAGUAAUGCAGAAGUCCAGAUAGUGGUCCCAUCCCAUUAUCAAAACAUCCUAGAUUAAUUUUCUAUAGAUUAUUUUCUAGCUAUGAUCUAAUUGCUACUCCUGGGUGAAUUCUGUGCACAAUAUUUUAAAUGUCUGCAAACUGUCAAACAACACUAAAUGCUCACAGUACUUUUAAUUGGGUAAUUUGUUUCAAAAUACCUGUCAGCAAGUAAUAUAGAGAGACAAAAAAAAAUUCCCCCAGGAGCAGAGAGUUAAAGAAACUCCCUUUGACAAUCCAGUUCCUGGUUCUCUGCCCCUUCCCUGAGCCCAGAUGGGUGGCCAGAAACCCAUAUCCCCUGAGCCCAGCCAUGGCCCCCCUCAGCCUAGAUACCCGCAUUCCCUCCUCACCAAAGCCCAGGGAUCCCAAAGGAGAAACAACCUGAUGGUGGGUCCCAGGCUUGUGUGGAGUUUCCUGCACACUGAUGUCUCCUCAGGAAACUGCAGCUGCUCAGAACCCUCUAGCUCCCUCUCUCUUCCCCACCAGGCACUGUCUUCUAUGUGCAAGCUGGGCUCUGCAGCUACCACCACUGCAGCUGAUUUCUGUGGGGGAAAUUCUGCAUUGCAAUGGUGCUGAAUUCCCCCAGGAGUAAAUUGCAUGUGAUGGGGCAAAAUGGGAAAAGGAUAUUAUAGGGGAAAAAAUUAUGUUGCCACAGGAUUUGAUCCUGCAGUGAGUAUAUACAGGACCCCCGUCUUCAACAAUUUCAGUGGGAAUCUGUGCAAUCGCUGGUCCAUGCCUAUGAUUCUCAGUCUUCACUUUUACAAGAUGCAGUGAUGCAACUCUACUUAAGUACUGCUGUUUCACAUGCAAUAAAUUUUCCACUGCACAUUGCUUUGGUGUUUGGGGGGACCAGGGUUUUUACAAUUGUAUACAUAUAAUUUAGUUUAUGGAAUUGCAAUGCAUACAAGCCUAAGAUAUUUCUUAGUGGGAAAAUAACUAGAAGGGAAAAAAAAAAAUUUAUUGUAUUUUCUACCAGUGUUGACAAUUCUAUAAGACCUUUACCACUGUUUCACAAACUAAUUGUUUUCAAGCUUACAAAUGAUUCAGAAAUUCAAAAUAUAUUCUUGAUUUAAAGUACAUUGCAAAAAGGUUAAUCUAAACGAAGGUUGCAAAUGACAGUUUUUACAACCAGAUUUGUCUAAUUCAGAGGUAAAAAAUAGUGUGUCAAUCUGAUUUAAAGGGGACAAAUGCAGUUUAGUUACUUUACUCAGCAAAUGAAAUUAACUUUUAAAAUAUAAGCAGUGCCUGGCAUGCUGGUGACUUUUAAAGCAACCACAAACCACUUUCCAGAAACCUCAAAAUCAUGACUGCAUUACAGGAAGUAACAGAUAGAAGGACUGGAAUGCUACUUGUUUUUCUAAUAGUGAUAAUAGAAAAAUACACAUUUUACUUAGAAAUGAAAAAAUAAAGUGAUGUGACACUUUGAAUACUUUAAAAAGUAGAAUUUUUUGUAUCUUGCAGAGUCACUUUUUGAUAUUAAUGAUAUAGCAACGGUACUAAAGAUCAGAGAACUCUAAAGCAAUAAAGAGCCCAUCAGAGAAAAUGGCUCUAUUAGAAAUAAUUAUGGGAAAGGGAAUAAAACCAAAAAUGUUUCCCUUUAAAAAAAAAUAAAUCAGUGUUUGACCUUGAGUACAAUGUCUAAAUUUCCUUAAAAUCCCCCAAAUGUUUUAGCAGCUAGCAAAUUGUAGGAGACUAGGGAAGUUACUGUUAA